AUGGCUCCCUCAAAAGACGUCGCCGCAUACAUACAGGAGCUGGCCACCCCGCCGCCUCCAGGUUCCCCUUACGGCCUGCCAGUCCCCGGUUCUGAGAAGGAGGGUCGCAGCGCAAUCUACCGUCAUUGGCGCUUCCGCGACGGUCCUCUGCUGUCCACACUUGAUUCCGCUACCCAGACCGUCCACGACCUGUUCGAAGAGGCUGCCAAGAAGCGCCCCAGCGCGAGGUGCCUGGGUCACCGCGCUUGGAACGCUGCCACCAAGGAAUGGGACAAUAAGUACACCUGGCAGACAUAUGCCGAGGUUGCCGAGCGCCGUAAGAACUUUGGUGCCGGCCUCGUAGAAGUCCACCAGAACAUUGGCAUCACCAGCGACCACUACGGCGUUGGCCUGUGGUCUCAGAACCGCCCCGAAUGGCACAUUGCUGAUCUCGGCGCUGCGUCCCAGUCCCUCUUUACCGUCUCUCUGUACGAGACCCUCGGCCCGGAUACGACUGAGUACAUUAUUAACCACGCCAACCUGACUUGCGUUGUUACGUCCUUGCCGCACAUCCCCGUUCUGCUGAAGCUUUCGCCGAGACUUCCCUCUCUCAAAGUCAUUAUUUCCCUCGACCCCUUGGACGCUGGCGAGCCUGACGGCUACUCUAAGCUGUCGGUCCUGAAUGGUAUCGCCGCCCAACAUGGUAUUCAGAUCCACUCCAUGGCUGGCAUUGAGGAGCUUGGCCUCAAGUCUGCCCGCCCCAUGCGCCCCCCUCGUUCAACCGACUGCGUUACAAUCAACUACACCUCGGGGACGACAGGAAUGCCCAAGGGCGUUGUUCUGACUCACGCCAAUGCCGUUGCCGGCAUUACAGCCGCGAGAUCGACCGGGACAGUCACUUACAAGGAUGUUCAUAUCUCCUACUUGCCUUUGGCUCACAUUUACGGGAGAAUGGUCGACCAAUGUGCCUUGUCCGAGGGUGCUGCUGUUGGCUUCUUCCGUGGUGAUAUCGUUGGGUUGGUCGACGACAUGAAGAUUCUCGAGCCGACAGGUCUCAUGUCCGUCCCCCGAUUGUUUAACCGCUUCAAUUCUGCCAUCCGGGCCGCCACCAUCGACGCCGACGGUAUUAAGGGAUCCCUGUCCCGUCAGGUUAUCAGUACCAAGAAGGCAAACAUGAAGCUGCCCGUGGGCAAGGCGAGCAACUCCCACUUUCUGUACGACAGAAUCUGGACUCCCAAGGUUCGUGCCGCUGUCGGUCUCAAGAAGGCCCACAGCAUGGUGAGUGGCAGCGCUCAGCUGGAUCCCGACGUGCACGAGCUCCUCCGAGCCGCCUUUGGCAACCACUUUGUCCAGGGCUAUGGCCUGACGGAGACCUACGCCGUCUCGACCGUCCAGUUGAAGGGCGAUUUCACCUUGGGCAAUAUCGGCCCGCCCGCCCCCUGUAACGAGAUUUGUCUCGAGUCCGUUCCCGACUUCGACUACCAUGUUACCGACAAGCCGUACCCGCGUGGUGAGAUCCUUCUUCGCGGUCCUAACAUCUUCCAGGAGUAUUAUAAAAACGAGGAGGAGACGAACAAGGCCCUUGAUGCCGACGGCUGGUUCCACACGGGAGAUAUUGGCGAGGUCGACAACAUGGGUCGCUUCAAGAUCAUCGACCGAAAGAAGAACGUGCUCAAGCUCUCUCAAGGAGAGUACAUCUCUCCCGAGCGCAUCGAAAACGUCUACCUUGGUAGCACCAAUCUGGCGGCCAUGGCUUACGUCCAUGGCGACCCGGCUCAGUCGUGCCUCGUCGCCAUCUUCGGCGUCGACCCCGAGCACUUUGCGCCGUUCGCCAGCAAGGUCUUGAAGAAGAAAAUCGACAAGGCCGACCUCGCAGCGAUCAAGGCUGCUGGCGCUGACCCCAAGGUCAAGAAGGCCUUCCUUGCGGAGCUCGACAAGAUUGGCCGAAGCCACAAGUUCAACAGCUACGAGCGCGUGCGCAAUGUCUACCUGACGAUUGAUCCUUUCACCAUCGACAAUGAGCUAUUGACGCCUACUCUUAAAAUGAAGAGACCCCAGGCUGCCAAGGCAUUCCGUGCGCAGAUCGAUAAGAUGUACGAGGAGGUCAAUGAUGCGCCUGUGGCCAAGCCUAAGCUCUAA